AGCCGGGGGGGGGAGUUGCCGUCCUUCCUCCAGUCAAGUGGCGGCGGCGGCGGCGGCAGCAACAACAUGGACGACCUGGACGCAUUGUUAGCAGACCUGGAAUCCACUACCUCCCACAUCUCCAAGCGGCCCGUCUUCCUGUCAGAGGAAACGUCUUACUCGUAUCCAACUGGAAAUCAUACAUACCAGGAAAUCUCUAUACCUCCUCCAGUGCCACCCCCUCCUUCCAAUGAGGCCUUAAAUGGGACUGUAAGUGAACCUUUAGACCAGUGGCAGCUAAGCAUCCCCAGAAGUAUUCACCAGCAGCCGCAGUCCCAGCCUCCCGCGUGCAGCUCCAGUCCGUCCGUGUCCAGAGAGUGUGCCAUCUCUCCUUCACGCAUAAGUGAAGAGGAGCACGUAUACAGUUUCCCCAACAAGCAGAAGUCUGCAGAACCGUCUCCAACCCUGAUGAGCUCUUCACUCGGCAAUAACCUGUCAGAACUGGACCGACUGCUACUGGAACUGAAUGCUGUUCAGCACAACCCUCCUACUGGCUAUCCACUAGAUGAAGCCACUAGGAGCCCCUCGUUGCCUGGUGGGACUGGAUCUCACUACGGUGUCUCGGAAAACACUACCUCUUUGAACACACAGCCAACAGCCCCUGCGAAAGAGAAGCCCAAGCGGAAUGGAGGGCACAGCAUUGAGGACAUGUGUCCCAGUGUGGAGAGCCUUUUGGAUGAACUGGAAAGCUCGGUGCCCAGUCCAGUCCCAGCUAUCACUGUGAAUCAGAGCGAGAUGAGCAGCCCCCAGCGGGUCACCUCCAGCGAGCAACAGACUCGCAUAUCUGCCUCAUCAGCGACAAGAGAACUGGAUGAGCUGAUGGCUUCACUUUCUGACUUCAAGACCUCUUCCACUGUAUCGUUGAUCUCCGAGCCCUCCCUGGAGCUACUUCCUGGCCCAGUUGGCUCAGAUCCAGCCCAUGUGUUUCCUAGCGUACCUAGUGUCCUGUCUACCUCAAAGCAACAAGCCCUAGGCCACUCUGGGGAUGGGAUGGGCCCCCUGGCUCCUCUCCCACUGGAGGUCCUUCAUAUCGAAGAGGAAGGCAGUAGCUCAGUCACUGUUGCGAUUCCAGAGCGUUCUCCCACCACCCUUUCUGGACUCUGGACUGAAGUGCCGCGUCCCAAGACCUCUGCCGCUCUCAUGAGUCCACCCGGACCAAGCGGAGCGUCCGCUUCCAAUGGAAGACUUCUCUCCUUUUCCAAGGCAGAGUCGCUGUCCAUCCGCUGUGAUGUCGGACCUCCGAAUCAGAGGCUUGCAGAAUCAAAAGGAACUUGGCAGGAUGAGCAGCGAGAUGAAGCCAAAAUCGCAAUGGUUUCUGUUUCAAGCUCCUGCGUGAGCAGCAGGGUGAAUGUGCCAACACCAAAGGAGCUGGAACAGGGCCCUGUGUUGGAUCCACUAGCUGAUGCUCACAAGGGAACUGAGGUCAGUGAAGGAGCUUUGGAUGAGCUGAGCAGCUCAGAUGUAUCUCAGUUUGCACCAAGGACAUCAUCUGAGGGAGGCCGUGCAGCACCAUCCAUUUACCAGCCUGGUCUUCUGAGUGUUGAUCAAUGGGAGAAAUGCCCAGGCAGCAAAGACCCCUCAGGCCAGACUUUACAGCAGGGUGCUAAAGUCCGAGAUCCAACCAGAGCAAGCAGCUGUCCUGAUGUUGCUGAGAAGAGGCCUGGUCCAGAGAAGGCUUGGAGGAAAAACAGUCUUCAGAACGCUCUGACAGGCCAGUGGAAAGAGCCACUUUCCGGCCUGGCAGCUGCUCCAGGCUUGACAGGAAAUGCCUGGAAAGAGGAACUGGAUUUGAUUCCUGCUUGCAGGGCCCCCGUGGAGAGGAUUUCUACGUCAGGCCAGAUAAAAUCUGUAAUCAGGCAAACAAAAGACACCUCCCAUGUGCACCCAAUGUGCCGUGAUCUCUCUCCAAGACGCAAGCUGGGCCCGGUCAUAUUCCACAAGACGGUCUCCCAAGACCGCUUGAUUGAGGAACUGCAAGACAGGCUGGGCAUCAGCAAACCAGAGCUGGAGGAGUGGAGAGGUCCUGACGACUGGCUGACCGAGGGAGUCAUCAUUACCUCCAGGCCACAGAAGAAAGAUCAAGAUGGUGGCCAGCAUGUAGAAAAGGUUAUAAUUCCUGCAGAGUCACCCCUGCCUCUGAGAAGGACGAUUGCUGUUCCACCCUCUCCCCCACCGCAGUUCCCUAAAGAUGCUUCAAAGGCUGCCUCUGUCAGAGCGGCCUUAUCUUCUCCUCUCCAUCACCCUCCACCACCGCCGCCUCCCCUGCCACCGCCACCGCCUCCAUCUCCUCGUGUCCCUCAGUUGCGCUAUGUGCCAUCUGCCCCACCUCCCCAGCCUCUGCUCCAGUGGGAAAUGCUUCUAGAGGAAUGCCCCUCUUCCCAGGUCCAGAUCCCAACAGUGCCAGUCGGAGGGCCCUCUCCUCCCAGAAAGGUGGUGUCAGUUGGUUGCCAAACGGAUGCAGAUUCAUUCUUCCCACCAGAGCAGGUCCCUUACGUUCCACCUCUGGACUGGGGCUCCCAGGUUCUUGCUGUUCGUCCGCCCACCCCCGAGAAGUUCAUGUCCCAAGGGAAAGGAGGGAAUAACUACCCAUCGACGAUACCUCCCAAGCCUGGCAGCCAGUUGGAUAGCAUGCUCGGAAGCCUCCAGUCGGACUUGAACAAACUUGGGGUCGCAACCGUUGCCAAAGGCGUAUGCGGAGCCUGCAAGAAGCCAAUUGCUGGACAGGUCGUCACUGCAAUGGGGAAGACUUGGCACCCCGAACACUUCGUCUGCACCCACUGCCAGGAGGAGAUAGGGUCGCGGAACUUCUUUGAGCGCGACGGCCAGCCCUACUGUGAGAAGGACUAUCACAACCUCUUCUCUCCACGCUGCUACUACUGCAACGGCCCCAUCCUGGAUAAAGUGGUGACAGCGCUGGAUAGGACAUGGCAUCCGGAACACUUCUUCUGUGCGCAGUGCGGAGCAUUCUUUGGCCCCGAAGGUUUUCAUGAGAAGGAUGGCAAGGCCUACUGUCGCAAGGAUUACUUUGACAUGUUUGCUCCCAAGUGUGGAGGCUGUGCCCGGGCUAUCUUGGAAAACUAUAUCUCUGCCUUGAACACCCUUUGGCACCCUGAGUGUUUUGUCUGCCGGGAAUGCUUUACUCCAUUCAUCAACGGCAGCUUCUUUGAACACGACGGGCAGCCCUACUGUGAGGUGCACUACCACGAGCGCCGCGGCUCGCUGUGCUCUGGCUGCCAGAAGCCCAUUACGGGCCGCUGCAUCACUGCAAUGGCCAAGAAAUUUCACCCCGAACACUUUGUCUGUGCCUUCUGCCUCAAGCAGCUCAACAAGGGAACCUUUAAGGAGCAGAACGACAAGCCCUACUGUCAGAACUGCUUCCUGAAACUCUUCUGCUAAGGCUAAAAUGCACCCGCCGUUCCUGUGCUGCCUUUCCAAGAAACCUUGCCUCUUUGGACAUUGCCACAAUUCAGCGACCUGUGGCCUUGGUGGGCUGAUUGAGGAGAAGAGGAGGAAAGUGUGUGUGUGAGUGAGAGAGAAUGAAUGAAUGUGGGGAGAGACGGGAUGGGGACAGGAGGAGAUGCUUACUUCUGCUCUGGAAAAGCGGUAAACCCAGAGAAAGGUGCGCAAUGGCCAUUCAGUGAGAAGCUGUAUUUUAGCUGGGAGAUGCUUAGACUGCUAUAAAUGUACCAGAUUGACAGCUCGGCCAAGCCAUGGGGGUUUGAGUGGUGGGAGGCAGUGUUUGGUUGUGGUAGAAGGUGACCUCCAGUUGGUUGAUUGGUAGUGUUGCCCAUUCUAGGUGGCAACAGUUCAGGCAGCCAAAUAAAUCCGUUUGGGUUCAACGUGAGGAUGCAGGCUGUGGUGGGGGUCAGGAUUAUCUCCCCCAAGAACACUGAAAAGGUCAGGAGGGCUGAGAACAUGGAUUGGGCUGGAAAUGGGAAGUGGGGCCGUAGCUCAGUGGCAGAGCAUCCCCUUUUCAUGCAGAAGGUCUCAGGUUCAAGCCCUGGUGUCUCCCAAGUAGGGUUGGAUGAGAACCCUGCCUGAAACCCUGCAGAGUUGCUGCUCCUGCCGCCAGUCAGUGCACAUAUAAUACUCAGCUAGAUAGAGCAAUGGUCUCACUCAGGACAAGGCAGCUUUCUAUGAACCCAAGUUGCCUCUCCCAGGAAUGCUGUUAAGGGUCAAGAGAAAAGAGAGAGCACAUAUUCCGGUAACACAUCGCAAGGGCCAUGUUGGCAGAUGCCGAUCUGUGCAAGACUCUUGCCACUGGGCGAGCAGCCUCUUUCCUGUCCUGCAUCUCACUCCAGCGUUAAAGAGAAGUGAGGUUGAAAUACAGGAGGGCCCCGCUUUACGGCGCUUCGCUCUACAGCGACUCGCUAAUACAGCGGUCUCAAUUAGACGCAAUUAGACUAAAGCCCCACUCAUACGGCGCUUGUUCCGCUUUUACAGUGGUUUUUGGGCAUCGCGCACCAUUCUAUUCAAUGGGUUCCACUUUACAGCAGUUUCCACUUUACAGCGGGGGUCCCGAACGUAACCUGCUGUAUGAGUGGGGCCCUACUGUAAUAUCUGAAGAAUGCCUGGCAUCUCUUUUUGUUAUCACGUCUGUACAGGGUGGGUUGUUGACUCUGUUGCACUUCCGCCCUCUGCAAACAGGAUAUCUUCCUUUUCUGGGAAGUUAAUUUCUCCACCGUCGCUGCCGUCCACUCCUCAGAAUUUCUCAAAAUGUGGGUGUGCUCAUUGGGGUUGUAGCAGCAACAGUUAUUUUGUAUUAAAAUGCAGGCCAGGGAGACCUCACAGCCCUUUCAGAGCUAAGGUGGCAGGCAGGGAUAUAGCCUGUGUUCAACUUCUCCUGAAAGGCAAGAGAAAAACAUCUGCUAUGAAGCAUUGACUUUUUUGGUCUGUCUCUGUUCUUCAUUCGCAAGCACAUCUCUCGCUCGUAUGAAAUAUGCCCUACAGAGACAGAAUUCCAAGCAAUAAUUCUUUUUCUGUUGAUGUUGUUGAUUCUCACUGGGUGCACUCUCUCUUUCCUCCUCCCUCUCGUGGUUUGUGUGAGUGAGAUAAUGACUUUUGCUAUCAAACCGAAUACUGUGUGUUUGGGUGGUUUCUACACUGAGUCUUGAAUUAAUAACAGAACAACUUUUAACUCUCUUGUAUGGAAAUUUUUAGUUUUUUGAAAUGAUUUUUGACAGAUGACUUUCAUAUCUGAUUGUUCUGGGCAGAGCCCUGGUUGUGUUGGUUCCUGCAUCUAUAGCCUUGAUGCUUUGUUAAACACAGCUAUUAACAUGAUAAGUAUUGCCUUUUAAAAACUGGGAUGCGGGUGGGAGAGGGGGAAUGUGCAAGACAUGUGCGUGUGUGUGGUUUUAUUUUUCCUUAUUAAGUAGCUUUUCUAUUGAUCAGAGCUCAACUGGAACAGAUUUUUUAAAAAAAAAAAUAACGUAAACUGCUGUAUUAGGAAUUAUUUGCCUUUCUCUCAAAACCAGCAUUGCAGGAUUUUGAAGCGAGUCUUUAGUAGGGAGAAAGAGCUCAACUCAUUUGGCGUCAAGCUUCAUAAUCUGUUUCAGAAGCUGGCACUAGGCCCUUGGUCUCAACCUGCCGUAUGUAAUGUUAACAUGGUGGUUAACCGGCCCUUUUCCCCCCCAAUUCAAGUGUGCCAUAACUCAACCCUGCAAUGUGAGACACUGCCAUGCUAGGAUGUGCUGCGGUACCUGUGCAUAUGUACACAGUGAAGGCUGAUCUAUUGGGGUAGUGGGGUGCUGCCCCACCAGCCUCUGCCUGCCCUGCCUUCUUCCCAGAGCUUGGAAAAGUUACUUUUUUGAACUACAACUCCCACCAGCCCCAGCCAGCGCCAUGCUGGCUGGGGCUGAUGGGAGUUGUAGUUCAAAAAAAGCAACUUUUCCAAGCUCUGCUUGUUCCUUAUGACCAGUCCAGCUGUCGGCCCUGGCUGUCAGCUUCCUCCUCCUCCUCCCUGCUCCUUGGGCUCCCUUGCCUUUUGCCCUCCCAGUGGGCACCAGCCCACCACUGUAUGUACUCACUCUGGUACUUUGGUGCCUUUGUCUCUCUCACCUACUGAGGCAGGGAGCAGGGAGCAGUGCAGCUGGAAGAUGUUGGCAGAAAUGCAGUCCAGGCUGAGCUGAUCCUCGGGCCUCUCAUAGUUUUGUGUGCGGUGCUUUGCAAGCCCCGGCAAUCAGCGGAUUGUCAGCAUCUUCAAAGCACCAUGCCCUGGGUUUUGUGCUGCAAACCCCUCCUUUGGCCCAGCUGCAUCUUUAGAUACAGCCAGGCCCAUGGGUCCUCUUGCUCCAGCCCAGGAGUGCCAUAAAUUCCUGCCGCGUGUGCUCCUUCUCUUCCCUCCCCUGCAGUAAAUUGGCCACUUGCGUGUUGGCACCGGCAGGCUGUCUCACAUCUCAUAGUUCUCAACGUGUGCAAGGCAUGUUUCCUUCACCAUUUGAAAUCACACUGAGCACCCAAACAUCUUAGCUUCCCGGCAGGCCAAUGUAAUAAUGAGCUUUUUUCAUGAACUGCAAGGCAGAGGUAGAAGGAGCCGCGAUUUCAUAAAUGGAGACAUUUUGCCUGUCUCCUUUAGUUUUCUGUACCUCCUUUUCUCUGUAAACUGGGAAUCGGACUGGCCCUACAGUAAGGCAGAGUGUGGUAGCUGCCUGAGGCGGAGAGCCGACAAAGCGGUGUGUGCCAUGCAACUUGCCUUGCAUCCCCCCAGCUAUAUCCUGCCACCCUCAUAUGCAGAGUGGAAGAUGCUCCCUUCUCCAUUGUUGACGUAAAAUUCAGUUGCCAGUCGGGUCAGCAGGGAGGUGUUUCCUUGUCCUUCACUUCAGGCAGCAAAAAUGUCUUGAGAUGGCUCUGGUUGGGGAAUGAGGAAAAACAAUAUUGCACAAAAAGGCUGUCAGCUGCAGGGAGUGAUUUUAGAGUGUGAUUCGGUGGGUCUUUCAGAUUCAGUAUGAAAAAAAGACAAGACAAGCCUGCAUCGUUUUGCUGGUGCUAGGUUGCUCAGGUUGGAGAGGAUUGUGUGAAAUUGUGUACACUAUUGCAGUAUCAUGGGAUGACCUGGUAGUUCCUCUUGUUAGGCUCCUGAUGAAGAUGCUGCCAUUGUUUUUCAGAAAAUAUCCCCACCCCACCCCAAAAUACUACCAUAGCGUUGGCAGUUUAGGCCCCAGUGCGCUCUUUCUUUCUUUCCCCUUUUGUCUCCCUUUUAGGUGCAUCAGAAUGAAGUGGGCCUCAAUUAAAGCUUCAACAAUCCUUCUGGGAAGGAGGAGAAGGGGAGAGUCUCCUGUGGAAUGACAUUUCUCUCCCCACCUCCCCAUUUUCCCUUUUGUAAACUUCUAAUUCUGCUGGUUUUUUUUACCCUGCUUUUAAAAUUCCUGUGAUGAUGCUAAUAAAAUUGUAUGAUAA